AUGUCCCCCCGGACCCGCAGGGCCUUGAAGAACAUGGUGUCCACCGUUCCACAAGCCUUGGAUCCCAUCCCAAAAUCUGCACGCACUCUCAGCUCUCAGCCUGGCCUUCUAUUCUAUUUGGACAAAAUUGAUGCCGCCUUCUUGUCCUCCAUCCCCUGUCCUCCUCCUUUGAGGCCUUCAACUCCCCCGCCUACUGGUGAGCGACCUGCUUGCCAGCCUACCACUCCUGAUCCCAACUUCUCUGCCCUUGCUCUCCUUUCAAAUACAACCACAUUGCUCCCCUCCUUCUCGCCUCCAUCUGACCCCCCUUCCUCUCAUUCCUCCCCACACAUCCCCACCUCUGCCGCCCCUCACAGUUUCUACACCAAAGAUAGUUUGCUUAAUGCUGCUGCCCUUUGA